CUCGCAGAUUGUUUCACUCACACCAGACUUCUUGCUGCCAGUGGCUCGGAUGAGUUGGAAGAGCUUCCGGUAGUUACCAGAUGCAGCUGCUGCUUUUAGCUCAUUAGCACGCUCCGACCACCAGGCUUCUCGGUCCUUACUCAUACUUUGCCCAAUUUCCUUAUGUAACAUCCUUCGUUUGUGGUCAAACUCACGGUCACCCGGAGUAGACCGACGGGCUUCAAUGGGUUGUAAGGAACCUCAAGAAACCCAGUGCUUAUAAGCGGGACGUUUCGCGAACCCACAACUGACUGUACCCGCCAUUUUCAUGGCGUCAUGCAAUUGCAACCAAUGCUCAUCUAUACUUUUCGGUGGAGUGGUAGCUAGCCUAGAGGCUAGCUCGGUUCGAUACUUACUUGCAACAGAAGUUGCAACCAGCUUGCUAAUAUCAAUCCGUUGAUGGCGGUCACUUCGUUGUCCACUGAAAAGUAAGGCAAGAUUGGCGCAGACCAAAGCAUGGUCAGAGUCCAGAUAGGUACUCCAAAAGGAGCGGCAGUCUUGUACACAACCACGCCAGCGGUAGCUGAUCGCGAUGUGAUCAAUCUGAGUCCAGGCUUGAGAUGCAGAGGGAUGACGCCAGGUAGCAUAUCGGCGAUGACUGUGCCGAAAAUUAGUGCUAGCCAGAAACAGGUUGUGGUCUGUGCACAGUUGCAGUAGACGGUCCCCAUUAUCCGACCUGCGACCAACGAGUCCCCAUCGGCCACCUAAACGACUCUCUUCUGUGCCUAGACGCCCGACCUGAGCAUUCAAAUCUCCGGCUAGUACUACAAUAUCUGUCGAACGCACUUUCUGGAGAAGAACAGUUAACUGGUGGUAAAACUCAUCCUUGAUUGCAUCCGGGCUGCAAUCUGUCGGGGCAUAGGCAGAGAUGACGAAAAGACAUCGUUUCUCACGCCGAUUUCUUCUCACUUUGAUGGAACUUUCUAAUCUAACAGCACAUAGCCGACUGUUAAUUGGGAUCCAAUCGACUAGUGCUGCCUCAGCUCUAGCGCUUAGUGCGACACCAACGCCAGCAAGACCAGACGAAGAUGCCACAGGGUCCCCGGAUAAGCGCACGUAAAACAAGCUUUUCGAAGUGACAGAUGUAGAGCGAAUUUGUAGUACUUCACUAAAGUCUUGAAUACGGGUUUUGUAUAGACAGCAGACAUCGAUAUGAAGACUUUCCAAAGACAUAGCCAGCCCUAUCUGUUGUCUGACCUGCAUAAGCGUGCGAACGUUGAAGGCAGCCAGUUUGAAUGUUGCACGUGGUUUCAUUAAAACUGCUUCAGUACUCAUAUUCAGUGGUAACAUACAAUUUUCAACCGGACAGUGACUCGAGAACGUUUAGAUACGGUCGAAUUUCCACCAAAGACGAGCCUCCUUGUAAGUAUAAAAGAGGGUGAAUAAUGUCGUAGUAAAUAAUAAUAAUAAUAAUGAUAAUAAUAAUAAUAAUGACAAUAAUAGUAAUAAUAAUAAUAGUAUUAAUAAUGACAGUAAUUGUAAUGAUAAUAAUUUGAAUCAAUUGAUUGUUUUUCGAUGCGAGAAAAGUAAUUUCCAUAGACAUAGAGAGUUCAUCAUUUGUGUGUAGACUGUGAUACUGCCCGGGUGCGCAAACCGAAGCAGGUGGUUUUCUUAGGGGCCACACCCCGAGCCUUUGACCUAAAGGUCUAACCCACAAGGCAGUGGAGCAUCGUGAGGAGAUGCAGUCCCAUGGUAGCCGGUGACCAACGAUUGGUUCAUACGCCAUUUGUUCCUGCAGGAUACUAGAGCCCAUGUGCACCAUUGGUUUGGAAUCCGGUUAAGGCGCCAGACAUUCGCUUUUCGUCCUCUCAUUUUCGUAAACAACACCCCCUCCACGAGAAGGCAAUGAGUAGGACUUCCCUGGCAGAGGCUGUAUACGCGUGGCCGUGUGAGAGUAUUUCGAGAGGGAGAGCGGACUCUCCCCACUCUCGGCCGUGCCAGGGCAUUCAGGGGGCCCCGCCAAUCUUAGCUUUAGGAAACACGAUUGUAUUUUAUUUAUUUGUUGGAAUUGCUGCACAUCAACUAAGAAACUCCAAGGUCGUCCUGUCACGAUUGGUACGAUCCAACUGUCGUGUACGUAAAUCGGGACAAGACCGUCAAUUGAAAGAGGAAUUAUCUUAGAUUGGCCUCGGCCAUACAAAAAUCCAGUUUGUCUCUUCCUCUUAUGCAAUCUGGUAUUUGAUUGAACAACGAGUAAUUCAUUUAAAUGGCUUUAAAAAGUAAUGAUAAUCAAUCCUUAGUAGAACUCAUCUAGUUAUACAUGUGGUCCACAGAACAAUGAUCAGAAUCAACGACAGUAAACAAUCGUGGUUUCGAUCAACUGUCACGAAACUCGACUCUGAAAGUUUAAAAAAGUGUAGCUUCCUUGGGACGGCUUCUGAAAUAGAGCUGUUGGGAAGGGUUGCUCAUAAGAACUACCCUGACUACUGUAAUCAUCAAAACAUCCCAACUUACUAUAUAUUAAUAAACAUCUAGUCCAGAAUAUUAUCAAUGAUAUCGUUUGUGAUUGUAAAUCCUAAGACUGACAAAGUGGUAUCAUUCAGGGUUUCAAACCUAGUUAUCACCAUUUCAGUAACCCCCUUUAUUACUCUAGACAUGAUAGUUUAUUCUGUCAACAGCUACCUGUAAUACUUUCGUAAACUUUGCAGAUCUGUGUGACGGCGUGGUUAAUGUGAAAUGUUAAAGCUUAUCGAAAUUCCCAUAAAAAUACAUUUUAAUUUAGCGUAUUUCUUACAAAAUUCCUAUGAAACGUAACUUUCAUAAUUCACAAAUGAAGUUCAUAACAUAGUUUUUCUGUCUGUGUUUACGCAAACAAGCUUUAUUGUGUAAUAAAUAACAUACGGUUCCGCUUUCUGAAUCUAAGGUUUCUUCUGUGACUCGUAAGUCAGUAAUUGGAGGUUGGACUUUGAAACCAGAUUUAUGUUUUUGAAUGUUUUCACUACUUUUAUCAGACUAUCAUAUCAAGAUAAAUCUGAUUGUCUUAUCACAGUCACCACUCAUUAGAACAUCACAACAUUGAGCUUUUUGUACUACUUUACAAAUAAUGUAAAUAUUAGUCAGUCAGUCAGUCAGCUACAACUUAAGACCAGGCACAUAUAUGCAUCGGUCCAGGUUGCCAUACCGCAGGGAGUCUAUACACCUACGCCAUUGUGAUCGAUUCUGAGCCAUAUCACCAAGAGUCUCCAACCAUUGGUUACGAUAGUCACACGGACCCUAACCAAGUAGUCUGCAUCUACCAACAUGGCUCAGAAUAGAGGUUAGUGUCUUCAACCACUGAUGCCACGUUUUGGUUUGGCCACCCCUAAUUCUCUUCCAACCAUCUCUAACACCCGUUAGCAUUGCACGACGUGGUAAUCGGUGUUCGGGCAUACGUAACACGUGGCCCAACCAUCUCAGUCUAUGAAGAUCCACAACCUCAUCAACUGAUUUACCAUCAUUACCUAAUACCCUGCGUCUAACCUCACUAUUGCUUACCCGGUGAUCCCAGCAGACGCCAGCAAUAUUUCUAAGGCAUCUGUGGUCAAAUAUUAGUAGCUUACGGGUGUCUUCUACUCUUAAAGGCCAUGUUUCGUUGCCGUAAAUUAAAACAGAACGGACUGCCGCGCAGUAUACUCGUCCUUUUAUUGAUAGACGGAUAUCUCGCCUUCGCCAUAGGUGACAUAAGUUGGCAAAAGCCAAGCGAGCUCUUCGAAUCCGUGAUGACAGCUCGCCAUAAGCUCUGACUCGACUGGUAGUGUUCGAGUAAAGAGCCUUUACAAGGUUUAUGUACUUCUGAGGUACGCCUUUCAAUGACAGGGUAUCACAGAAACUCUCAGUCUACAGAGUCAAAUGCUGUUUUUAAUUCAAGAAAAACCAUCGUUGUCGGACGUCGAUAAGCAUGCUUGUGUUCUAAAACCUAACGAAUGGUGAAUAUGUGGUCGAUGCAGCCACGACCAGGUCUGAAGCCAGCUUGAUUCUCUCGUGUUUGCAGUUCACGAGUCUUAGUUAGGCGUCUGAUAAUUAUCGAGGCUAGUAUUGUAGAUACUAUAUUAGUUAAACUAAUCCCUCUAUGGUUGUCACAAGAUGAUUUUGACCCUUUCUUAUUUGUUAGGACGAUAAGUGAUUGUGACCAGUUAGAUGGGAUAACGUCUAACUCCCAGAUCUUAGCUAAAAUAUUAGUCAACCUAAGCGCUAAAAUUGGACCACCAUCCUUAAAGACUUCUGGAGCCAAUUCAUCUAGACCAGCUACCCUUCCUCGUUUCAGAUUAACUAUAGCCUUUUGAACUUCUGCUAGAGUUGGAGGACCUACUUCAAUGUUCCAUUCACACUGUCUGGGAAUGGAGGGUAGUUGUAGAGUCGCUGAAGGCCAGCUGAACUGUUCCCUAAAAUGUUCCGCCCAUCGUUCUAAACGUCUGGACUGGGAGCAGAUGAGAGUGUCGUCUUUUUCCGAAAUAAUCUCACUUACACUUGACUUAUUAGUUCCAUUUUCUUUUAUUAGUCUGUAAAGCUGUCUUGUGUUCCCUAUAGUCGCCGCCUUUUCCAUCUCUGCUUUCGUUGCCCACCACUGCUCACGGUCGUUUCUUAGACUCUUGGUUAACCUAGAUCUGAUUUGUUGUCGCUCUUCAUCAUGUUCGGAACCUGAUGGGACGAGUUUGCGAGAAUCCAUCAGUGUGAUAGACUUUGAAGAAAUCCACUGGUUCUUUGUAACUCUGUGGUUUAAGUCACUAAUAGAUUUCAUUGCUGUUUCCACAGCUGUUUGUAUAACUUUCCAGGCAACAUCUGGGUCAGCCUCGUUUUCAGAACUACCUAAGUGUGACCUCAGUUGUUCCUGGAACCUAUUUUUGGUUUUCUCGUUACUCAACUCAGUUCUAAUUGGUCUUUUUAAUGUGGCUUUUUGCGUCCAGUGAGGCGCAAGCAGAUGCGUGCCCGUAUUAGGGCAUGGUCGGAGUCCAAGCAGGUACUCCAGAAUGAGCGACAAUCUUCUACCGACCCUCUCCAACGAUGACUGAUGACAAUAUGGUCUAUUUGAGUCCAUCGUUGGUUUGGUGUAGGGGAUCGCCAUGUUAGACGAUGUCUCUCCUUAUGCUUAAAAUUUGUGUUUGCUAAGAAUAGACGAUUGUCUGAGCAUAGUUGCAGCAGACGAUCACCAUUAUCUGUUCGUUGUGCCGGCAUACUAAAAUACUCACCUAAAUGCCUUUCUGUUUAGUUUAAACUACCUAUCUGGGCAUUAAAGUCACCUGCUACAAGUACUAUGUCUGAACGUUUAGCUUUCUGAAGAAGUUCAGAUAGCUUUCUGUAAAAUCCAUCUUUCAUUUCAUCUGGGCUGCAAUCGGUGGGAGCGUAGGCAGAAACGACAAAAAGGCAACGACGUGUGUCCCUAUCCUUCCGAGUUCUUACGGAGCCGUUUAGCCGAACAGCACAUAGACGACUGUUGACGGGGAUCCACUCUAACAGUGCUUGUUCCGCCCUCAUGCUUAGUGCUAUCCCUACUCCUGUCAGUCCACGAGAGCUGGCCAUCGGGUCACCAGAUACACGGAGGGUGUAUCUCGUUGGCUCUCCGUGUUGUCGAGGUGAGGUCAAGUGAAUGACCACACUGGGAUCCUGUAUGCGUGCUUCAGAGACACAGCAUACAUCAAUGGUACGAGAUUCUAGGAUUCUAGCCAAGGAAGCCUGCUGACCGAUUUGACAUAGGGUGCGUACAUUGAAGGCUCCAAUGUGUAGUGUGGAGCGAGGUUUCAGUAGACCUGGGACAGUGUUUUGAGCACUAGAAUCGUUGACUAUGGUGACACUUGAGGGGGGAAGCCGAAAAAAGAAGUUUAGAGUUUCAAGUUGAUGUAGGAGGAAUAAUAGGAAUUGAAGAGAGAGGUUGAUUAUAAAUACAGUGGUCUUGAGUGCUGUUAGAGCUAUGAGGGCGGUUAUCACUUCCCGGUCGCCCACACCGUGGAAGGGUUCUUCUGGAGGUACCUGAAAAAGAAAUCGGAUUAGAAGUGGUCUUAGUGACCUGGGAGCGUGACCGCAGUGCCCAAGGUACAACUGCUUGAGGUCGGUCUCACACGACCUUUUUAUGGGCAAUUUUUGUGUUAGCUCCGUACUUGUUGAGACCUUACCUCCGGAGAUGGAUAUCCGUGGGAUAAGGCGAGGUGUGCAUUUUUAGGAUCGACCUUUUCUAACCCCACCCCUUCUUGUGGGAAGGCAGCAUCGCUGUCAUGCUAGUUGUCUGAAGGAAACACCUUACUGCUGUCACACCUCUGUACAGUCAGCAGUACGACUUCGCCUUCGGACCUUGAGUUUGUUGCUUUUAGUCUUACCGCUCUUUAACCGACCUUUCUGACGUGGUAGGACCUUGAGGAACAGUUGUUCCAGUCAGUAUAGCUCGGUUGCUUCAUCACGAUAGGCAAGCCCGACCACCACGUCAAGGUAGCAACAACGGUCGUGAAUGUAAAUAUUAAGUAUGUAUAUGUUCAGUUUUGCCUUUCGAAAUUGUAGACUGCUUGAGAGCUGUCUAUGACAGGGUAACAUAUUCAUUAUUAGUUAUUAUCAAACAACAUUAGUUCUCUGCCUGCCUGGAAUUACUACAUGUUCACUUACUGAAGAUAUACGAAACUAUAUACAUAUAUGGUUGUAAGUAUAUAACGAAUGGUGGAGGUACUUAUAUGUAAACAUCUUGCAUCAUCCGUGACUAGAAACCAAUAUUGUACAUUUCUGUUGAGACAGUAAUUUAUAAGUAAUUCCCAAAAUUCAAAUACCUGUAAUAUAAGACUUGACGUCCUUAAUGUGUACCAUGCACUGACCAAGUUAUUUCACAAUUGGACUCAACAUCACAUCGUCUUAUGUGCUCCUCUCAUUUACACCAAAAUGUGCACAUCCAUAACUAUUCAGGACUUUGAAAUUCAUGUUUAUUCGUAAAAUUUUCAUUUUUUUAGAUCAUUCAGAGUACUGACGUAUCUAGUAAGCGUAUCUAGUCCAAAGAAAAUAUAUUUUAUCAGUAAUGUUAACAUGUUACUCAGACUACGUCAACUUUUGAGUUUUCACUUAAAAUUCUCAUACCCCAUUGUUAUAAGAAAAAUAAUCACUGACAACCUUCGGUUUGUUUACUUGACUUUCAACUAUUAAAUCACUGGUCGAAGUACCAUUUGAUUUACCAAAGUUUAAGCAAUUGGAUAAUAUAAUUGGUCUUCACACAUCAGGUAUAUCUAGCAGAUUAUUGCGUAACUACUGAGAUAUUUCUUUGAAAAGUAUACAAAAGUACAACAUACGUCUCUUUCACAUCUCAAGCCUAAAAUGUAGUGACUUAUGAUGGGUGAUUAAAAAAGUAACAGACAAACUUCAUUAACAGUCAACAUCUUGGAUGCUACCUAUUUAAUAAUUUCUAAUCACAUAUUUAAGUUACAAAAUGAUCGUACUACCCAUCUCAAACAUUUGUGCUAAGAAAUCAAUUUCUAAUCUAGUCACUGAAGUUUUCGGUACCAAAUUUAAUAACAAAAUUGGUUGUUAAAUAAUUAUUUCUACCGAAACGCUACUUAUACUAAAGCACAGGGACUAAAGAUGUUUUUAGUUUUUCCUGAGAGUACUAUAGAGGUAAUAUACUAAUACGUCGGGGUCAGAGUAAAAAAAUAGUUCUUUUAAUAGAUGAAGAAUUAUCCAUCUUCAAUCACUAAACAUCUCUGGUUAGUUGAGCAUCAUUGUUGGUUCACUAUACAGGAUUUAUAGACUUUUGACUAUCUACAACAUUCUUUUGCAGAACAAUCUCAUCAAACUAAUAAAAAUGAAAGAACUGCCCAUGAAUUAUCUGUUUAUUAUUGUAACAUAAAAACAUUAAUAUAACAUUAAAUAGGAUAUUUUAAUGAAACUCUAUGAUGCUGAAUCAAUAUUCAGUGUUUAUAUUUCGCCUUUAUGAUUCUAGGGAUUGGCAAAUGAAGCGUGCUUUCCAAGCUUCCUUAUAUUUACAUAAUCCUAAUGCCGUUAUAAUAUUAGGAGAUAUUUUGGAUGAAGGGAAAUGGGCUACAAAUGAUGAUUUCAGCCAUUUGGUGGGAAGAUUUCGCGAUAUUUUUCAUCAUGAUAAAACGAAAACAUUAGUUAAAACCGUUGUUGGCAAUCAUGAUAUUGGGUUUCAUUAUGCGUGCGUCAUCUUUCUUAAUUAAUUGUUAUGCAAAGUUUUUUUGUUUGCAAAUAUUUCUUAUCGCAUCGUACGUAAGCACUAAUGAGUUUUUGAAUAAUCGAUUUCACCGGGAUGUUGGAGACAAUAUUUAUACACCGCCUAUUUAUCUGUGGUCCUUCUUUGGCAUCCAUUUCGUUAUUGCAAACAGUAUCGCUUUUGAAGGUGACAAUUGUGAUUUAUGCUUUGAAGCCAAUUUCAUAUUAAAAUCGAUUGCGAGAUAUCUUGAUUGUUUGAAGAUAUCUACUCCAUCUAAUACCAAGAGUUGUUAUUCCAAGGAACUUGGUAUGGGCCUUUCUGACAAAUUCCCAUACAUUGAUGUUGACCUUAAUGGUAGGUUAACACGAACUUAUCACUCAUGAUUUAAGUAGUUUAGAUUAUGAAGCGUACACCUCUUUAAAGAUAUUAUUCAAUUAUAAAGUUCAUUUUGAGUCUACCUAAAAGCAGUUUUACAUUACUUCUGUUUCUAAACUUACCAAUUUAAAAUACUCAUCAAUAGUUUGUUAUGACAAGGCUUUCCGAUUGUUCAUUACUUCUGGUUUUUCUGUGGUUAAGCUUAAAUCACUAUAAAUUUUUAGUUAUUGAAAAUGUAUUCACCAUAUAAGGUCACCUGUUGAUCCUUACAAUCCAGUGAGUUUUUGUCUUCGAUUUACUUAUAUUUAUUAUUUGCGCGACUUUCUGACCAGAGCACUCACCUAUGCCUGUUACCCCUCGUGAAGAAGCAUGGGUCGCCCACCAGCAUUCUUCAUCGAACUCUGUCCUGGACAAUCCUUCCCGGUAGUUUCCAGUUGUUAUUCAUCCUUUUCAUAUCUGCUUCUAACUUCCGACGCAGUGUGUUCUUUAGUCUUCCUCUUUUCUGUUUCCCUUUAGGAUCCAAGUUAGCACUUGUUUCGUGAUUCAGUUUGAUGAUUUUCACAACAUAUGUCCUAUCCACUUCCAUCAUCUCUUCUUAAUUUCCUCUUGUUUGUUGUUUUGAGUUCCAGAUCUUUUUCAACUGUAGGAAUGUCACUCUCGCUUUGCCAAGCCUCACCUUUACAUCUGCAUCGGAUCCUCCUUGUUUACAGAUGAUGUUGUGCACCUGUUCCAGAGCUCCUUCAUCAAGUAUGAUUGGUUUGGUGUUCUCUGUGUUGAUUUUCAAUAUCUUGCUUUUUCCCUUGUGUAUGUUGAGGCCUACUGAUGCAGAGGCUUCUGCUACACUGUCUGUCUUCACCUGAAUUUGUUCGUGUGUAUGAGAUAGAAGAGCUAUGUCGUCUGCGAAAUCCAAAUCGUCUGGCUGCAUCCAAGCUGUCUAUUGUAUUCCAUGCUUACCCCAGAUAUAGAGGUCUUCAUAAUCCAGUCGACCACCAGAAGAAAGAGAAAGCGGAGACUAAGCACACUUUUCUGACUGGUCCUCAAUUGGAAUGCAUCUAUCACCUUUCCUCCAUGCACAACUUUUCAGUGAAGUUCGUCGUAUGAAUUCCGGAUGAUGUUAACGAUCCCCUCAGGUACACCAUAGUGUCGAAAAAGAGUCCGUAAGGUUCUCCUAUCCAUGCUGUCAAAUGCUUUCUCGUAGUCAUGGAAGCUGAUAUAUAGUGAUGAGUUCCAUUCAAUUGAUUGUUCAACGAUGAUCCGUAGUGUUGUAGCUUGGUCUCUGCACGACUGAUCCUUAAGGAAUCCGGGAUGUUGGUCUCGAAGCUGGUAGGCGUCGACUGAAUCUUUCAUUCGACUCAACAACACUCUGUUGAAAGCGCUUCCUGGUGCCGACAGUAGUGUGAUGUCUCCAAAGCUGAGUUCUCAUACUCGCUGUGAUCUCCUUUAUUGAUUUAUUGAAGAUGUAGUUUUCUCCAUCUGUUAUCAUUUGUUCUUCCUCCCAUAUCUUUCUGAAUAGAACGUGGAGUAUCUUUAGAGUCAUCUUUCUGUCUGACUGCAGUGCUUCAUGUGGUAUGUCGUCAAGACCUGCAGCUUUCCUACUCUUCCUUUGUCUGAUGCCCAUGCUGAUUCAUUCGAUUGUUCAUGUGAUGACAUCUAUAGGAAGGUCCAUGUGUGCUGCCUCGAUGACGGCGGGUUCAGUGAAGCUGGCCUAUUCAAGAGUUCCUCGGAGUAUUCUACCCAUCUGUCCCUCUGUUCUUGAAUCUCAGUGAUUGUCUUGCUUUCUUUGUCCUUGACUGGUGUCUUUGGUUUACUAUAUCUCUAUGCUAGUUUCUUCGUUGUGUCAUAUAGUUGUUUCAUAUUUCCAUCUCUUGCAGCUUCUUCCACUAUCGCUACUAGGUCUUCCACGUAUUUCUGCUUGUCGGCCCUGAUACUCCUCAUCACUUGCUUGUUGGCUUCUGUGUAUUCAGUUUGUGCUUUAACUUUCUCUGCUCGUGUUCGGCUGUUGUUAAUCGCUGUCUUCUUUUUCUUCCUUUCUUGAAUCCUGUCCAGGGUUUCGAUAAAUAUCCACUCCUCAUGAUGAUGUUUCUUGCUACCCAAAACCUCCUGACACGUUGAGAUUAGUGCUUCUUUGAUCCUUUUCCAGUUGUCCUCCAUAGUAUUGUCUUCUUCUUCUAGUAGAUCCUGUAAGUCUUGGAACCUGUUGUUGAGAUUUAUCUUGAGUCCGUUGAGUUUGUUAGUAUCUCGCAGGAAGGCUGUAUUGAACCUUUGUUAUGCUGUUUCCCCAAUUGUCCAGUGUUUCUUUAGCUUUAGUUUCAUUUUGGCCACAUCCAGGUGGUGAUCUGAGGCUAUUUCAGCUCCUCUCCUGAUUCUCACGUCUUCCAUCGUCCUUCUGAAUUUUUUAGUGAUGCAUAUGUGAUCGGUCUGGUUCCCUGUAGUGUGAUCCCGUGAGACCCGUGUAUUUUUGUGUAUGUGUUUGUUGGGGAAUAUCGUUCCUCUUAUAACCGCUUUGUUGAAUACAUAUAGAUUUGCAGAUCUCUCACCAUUCUCGUUUCUUUCUCCCAGUCAGUCCAUGUCGUCCUAUGGUAUCUUCAUACAUGGUGUUGUCCAUUCCGACUUUGGCAUUUAGGUCUUCCAUCAGGAUGGUCAGGUCCUUUCCUGAGCACUUCGCUAUGGUUGAUUGCAGCCUCUCGUAAAACUGAUCUUUAUCGUCGUCGUUGUUAUCAUUGGUGGGUGCCUAACAUUGGAUAAGAUUCAUUAUGAUUCCCUGUUUUUUUUUGUUUUGAAGGAUGCCUUGACGAUCCUGGGUCCAUGAGAUUCCCACUCAAUAAGUGCAUUUCGUGUUUCUUUGAACAACAUCAGAACAACUCCCUGAGUGUGUGGAGCAUUUCGUUCUUCGUGACCAGAGUACAGCAGCAUCUCUCCAGAAUCUAUCCUUUUCUUUCCAGCUUGAGUCCAAUGGGUCCCAUUGAUUCCGAGCAUUGCCUAGUUGUAUCUCCUCAUUUCCGUAGCUAUUUGGUUGAUCUUCCCGGUUUCCCACAUUGUCCGAACAUUCCACCUACCCACAUUGAUUGUUGCUCUGGUUGUUAGAAGGGGAAUCGGCCUCGUGAUUUUCGAAGAAUCUCGGCUUUGACCAUGAGGCACCAUUAUUCUUAUCCAUCUUCUUUCGUCUAUUCACGUCCGGUUAUUUUGCAACAUUUCCCCCUAUAUCGCACCUCUGAUAGUGGAUGCUCUACAAAACCAAUGGAUGCUAUGCCUAAACACUUGAGAAAAACUGUAAACAGACCGAAACUUGAUUGUCUGUCAAAAGAGGCAACAAAACAAUUACUGGAAUCUCUUCGUCCACGACUAAUACUAUCUGGUCAUACACAUUACUCAUGUAAAAUGUCACAUCGAUUCGGUAACCAAUCGGAUUCUGCUGUGGAAUGGUCAGUUGCUAGCUUCUCUUGGAGAAAUCUCGCAAAUCCUGGAUUUCUAAUGGUAUAUUAAUUGGAUUAUUAUCCGUAAUAUAUGCAAUUUACCGGAGUUAUUCCUACUUCAACUGACUUUAAUUAAUUCAUGAACAAUAUUGAUUAAGUUACAAUGAUAUGCAUAGACAAUAAUUUAAUCUAUACCAUGCUUUAUUCAAAGCAUCAAUGACGAAAGAAAUUGAACAAAGUGAGAAUCGAUAAAGUGGAAAUAAUAAGAUGAGUGAUCGUGAAAUAAAAUCAGGAAAUAUUUAUACUUAGAAUGGGUAAAAUUUGGCUAGCAGUGAAAUCCAGAUCGCGUGUUUCAUCGUAUUUGAUACUCAUCAGCUGGAUGUACCUGGAUCUCAGAGAUGAUGUACCAAGACUGAUCAAAUUUCAGUCAAAAUAUCAACAACGGGAUAAUUCAAACCACUAUAGAUUGAAUUAAAACUCAAAUCUGUUGCGCAACUUUCAAUAUCGUCCACAAAUUAUUCAGUAAAUAAAUGUUAUCUCCCAACUGAGUUGCGUUUAUUACAAAUUUAUAUUUCCGGUGUUCUACUCAUACUUUUUGUUGUCACGUAUCAAAAGUUAAUACCAUAUUUCGUUUAAAUCUUUUUUCCUAGGACUAUAUGGACAUAAUUCGAAACUAAUACAUUUUCUUAACUCCCAAUGUCUUUAAAAAUGUAUUUUCUUUAUUCCUUUGUUUAUCUUCAUGAUUGUUACACUGUUUUGACGUAUUGUAUUGAUUUCCGUACAUAAGCUGUUUCGUUUUGAAAAAUCAAUAAUAAUAAUCUCGAUAGUAGAUUAUUUCUUAUCAUAAUCUGUGUGUAUGUGUGUGUGUGUUUAAAACAACUGAUGAACGCCUAUAUAGCUCUACGUACUGUCGAUUGAGUAAGCAAUUAGUAUCAUUAGCUCUCAUACUGUACAGUGUGAGCCGAUGCAAAGUUUAUAAAUCUGUGCUUGAUUGACGAUUCGGUAAUAAUAUUUAUGUGCAUUUCUAGAUCAUACAUUUGUAUAUCUGGAAAUCUUAUUUCCCGAUUUAAACUAAUCUGGAUAACAAUCCGUAUUUUUAUGUGAAAUGGGAAUUGUUAUCCAAUGGAAGUGCUUUAUGCUUGUAAUGUGCAUCACAUUUAACUAUUCAUCAAGAAGAAAACUCGAUUUAAAAACUUUCAAGAUGAAUAAGAAGAAAUAAACACGAUAUGUUUGCAUCUGAUUUAUUUUUACGCAUUCUUAAAUGAGUUUUGUGGCGAUGACCGGGUUUUGUAAUUCUGCAUCUUAGACUGAUCUUGAUUAAACAACCACUGAAAUCUAAAAAUCCCUUGGAUGAAUAUUAAUAACUAACUGAAGCUAGACGUAUUAACCGUUGGAUGGUAAUUCAAUUAUCUGAGAGAUAAGUGCUCGUCAUGAGCUCAGUAGGUCAUGGGUUCUACUCCUGGUCCAGUUGUUGAUAACCACUUCCGAUGAGCCCUAUAUCAGUAUAAAACAUGUCCAAUGGUUCAUGGUUUAUAGUCAUGAUCUAUCCAAAGUCAAUCUGAUGUGCAAACACGAAAUAUGGUUGUUCUUACAAAACGUUGAAACAGUGAGAUUACAGCACUUGUUAGCGUUCAUGCGUCAUUAAUAAUCACUAUACAGCAGGUUUUUUCCACUUACAACAAUAUGAUUAACUCCUACUAAUAAUAACUCAUUAUGUAAUAUGAUUCGUCAUAGGUAAGUGAAGUACUGAUUAUAAUAGUAAUUUUCAAUAUAUUACUUAGGUAUAAUAAAGUUGGCAUGUCUAGAAAAACGGAUUCCAAAAAUGACGAUCGAGUGUUUGGACCAGUUUUUCAGCCUGAUGAUCUUGUUCCAUCCACUGGGAUAGGCCCUGCAUUACCCUCUGAUUUAUUCAAACAGAAAUUAAAUAAAGAGUCGGAAUCAGUCAAUUAUAAAUCUCCCACUAACUUUGAAGAGAUUGAUACUAUUGGUCCUUUACUACCGGGACAAGAAAUAAGAGAAGAGUGGCGGCAUCUGAAAUCUGGUGUAUGUUGCUUUUUUUAUGUUUCAGGUAUCACUUUCAGUUGAAAUUCUUUUUUCUCAAGUUUGCUUGUAAAUAUUUUAUAUAUCACUUUUCUUUGGCGAAUUGCACAGAAUAUCAUUUAUUAGUUGAAUAUCAUCCAAGAAAUUCGUUGUAAACAUCUUAGUUAACCUAUUAAUCUCAUGAAUAUUGGGUUUAUAAGAGAUAAAUAUGUAACAGUUCAAAUUUCGUAAUUCUAUUUGGAGACUCUCCGCUUCCUCUCAGUAUACAACAUGAUUAUGUAAACACUAAAUACCGGUGUUUUGAAACUAGUCAUUCUUGUGGGACUAAUAAACAUCUACUUUGAAGAUCCAUAAAAUUGUCUGCUGUUUGGUUGACAAAGUGACAUUGUCUUCUGCAUGUUGUUUUUGAUCGAUAUCCUGUUAUUAGUACAGAUAAAAUUCGAUCGUCUUCUUUUCAUCUGGAAAAAUUAUGAAACCAACAGUUCUAAAUAAUCUAUUAACCUCAUAACUUAGCUCUUUCAAAAAGUAUUUUGUAAUGAUAUUUACGGCAAAAACUCAACUAUUUUUACCAUUACUAGGGAUAACCAAAACUUGGGAUCAAUGCACGAAGUUUUUGAUUGUUGAAGUAACCUCUGAUUGUUAGUUCGCAGCCCCUACUCCACGAAAUCCCGAUCGUUGUUGCUACCUUGGUAUGGUGGUCGAGCUUGCUUAUCGUGAUGAACCAAUCGGGCUAUACUGGCUGAGACAAUCGUUCCUCAAGGUCCUACCAUGCCAGACAAGUCGGUUGAAGAGCGGUAAGACUAAAAGCAGUAAACCCGAUGUACGAGAGCGAAACCGUACUUCUUACUGUAUAGAGGUGCGACGGCAGUAUGGUGAUUCCUUCAGAAAACCAGCAUAACAGCGAUGCUGCCUUCCUACAAGGAGGGGUGGGGUUAGAAAAGGUCGGCCCUAGAAAUGCACGCCUCAACUUAUCCCACGGAUAUCCGUCUCUGGUGGUAAGGUAUCAACAAGUACGGAGCUAACACGAAAACUACUCGUGAAAAUGUCAUGUGUCCGGCCUCAAGUAGUUGUCCCCUGGGCAUCGUGGUUGUGCUCUCAGGUCACUAAGAUAACCCCUAAACCAAUUUCCUUCUCAGGUACCUCCAGAAGAACCCUUCCACGGUGUGGGCAACCGGGAAGUGAUAACUGCCCUCAUACCUCUAGCAGCACUCAAGAUCAUUGUAUUCAUACUCAGUGUCCCUCCUCACUUUCUAUUAUUCCUCCUACCUCGACUUUCAACUCGAAACUUCCUUCGCAAGUGUCACCAUGGCCAACGACUCUAGUGCGCGAAACGCUGCCCCAGGUCUACUGAAACCUCGCUCCAAACUACACAUUGAAUCCUUCAACGUACGCACCCUCUUUGGCUGAAACCCUAGAAUCUCAUACUAUUGAUGUAUGCUAUGUCUCCGAAACACACAUACAGGGUCCUAGUGUGGUCACUCACUUGACCUCACCUUGCCAAAACGGGGAGCCGACGAGAAACACCCUCCGUAUAUCUGGCGACCCGAUGGCUAGUUCUCGUGGACUGGCGGGUGUAGACGUAGCACUGAGUACGAGGGCAGAACAAACACCAUUAGAAUGGAUUCCCGUUAACAGUCAUCUAAGUGUUGUUCAGCUGAACGGCUCCAUAAGAACUCGAAAGGAUAGGGAUACGUCGUUGUCUUUUCGUCGUUUCUGCCUACGUUCCCACUGACAGUAGUCCGGAUGAAGUGACGGAUGAGUUUUACGGAAAGCUUUCUGUACUUCAUAAAGCUAAACGUAGGUCCCCCGAUUCCAAUCCGAAGUCGAGAAAGAGCAGAUGGAUUGGUUCCAGUGGUAUUUAAUUAUAGUGGUCCAAUUUUAGCGCUUAGGUUGACUAAUAUUUUAGCUAAGAUCUGGGAGUUAGACGUUAUCCCAUCUAACUGGUCACAAUCACUUAUCGUCCUAACAAAUAAGAAAGGGUCAAAAUCAUCUUGUGACAACCAUAGAGGGAUUAGUUUAACUAAUAUAGUAUCUACAAUACUAGCCUCGAUAAUUAUCAGACGCCUAACUAAGACUCGUGAACUGCAAACACGAGAGAAUCAAGCUGGCUUCAGACCUGGUCGUGGCUGCAUCGACCACAUAUUCACCAUUCGUUAGGUUUUAGAACACAAGCAUGCUUAUCGACGUCCGACAACGAUGGUUUUUCUUGAAUUAAAAACAGCAUUUGACUCUGUAGACUGAGAGUUUCUGUGAUACCCUGUCAUUGAAAGGCGUACCUCAGAAGUACAUAAACCUUGUAAAGGCUCUUUACUCGAACACUACCAGUCGAGUCAGAGCUUAUGGCGAACUGUCAUCUGCUUUUGCAAGCUCAAGUGGUGUCCGUCAAGGCUCUCAACUUUCUCCAUUUUUGUUUAACUUCAUCAUAGACCUACUGAUGAAAAUAACAUUCUCGUCGACUGAAUUCUCGGGUAUUGAUCUCCUUUCAGGAGGUCCACUUAUCGACUUAGAAUACGCAGAUGAUAUAUUCCUGUUUGGUGAAGACGCUGAUAAAAUGCAGAGUCUUUUGAUAGUACUAAGCAACAAUGCCAGCAUGUUUGGAAUGCGCUUCUCUCCCUCUAAAUGCAAGUUGUUGCUUCAGGACUGGUCUGCGUCAACACCUGAACUAAGGAUAGGGAGUGAAGUAGUCAAACGCGUUGACAACUUCACUUAUCUUGGAAGUCUGAUCAGCCCUAAUGGGUUGGUGUCUGACGAAAUCUCAGCACGGAUUCGAAGAGCUCGCUUGGCUUUUGCCAACUUAUGUCACCUAUGACGAAGGCGAGAUAUCCGUCUAUCAAUAAAAGGACGAGUAUACUGCGCGGCAGUCCAUUCUGUUUUAAUUUACGGCAACGAAACAUGGCCUUUAAGAGUAGAAGACACCCGUAAGCUACUAAUAUUUGACCACAGAUGCCUUAGAAAUAUUGCUGGCGUCUGUUGGGAUCACCGGGUAAGUAAUAGUGAGGUUAGACGCAGGGUAUUAGGUAAUGAUGGUAAAUCAGUUGAUGAGGUUGUGGAUCUUCAUAGACUGAGAUGGUUUGGCCACGUGUUACGUAUGCCCGAACACCUAUUACCACGACGCGCAACGCCCCCAAGUUCCCUGCUACGGUCGAGAGUGAAGAGGGUCCACUUUUCCUCUCAAAUGACCACGCGUAUACAGCCACUGCCACAGAAUUCCUACUCACUACUUUCUCGCAGCAGG